CGUGCAGAUCGAGGUGUUUCCGGGACUCAGGUGAGUCGAGCCGCGUCAGGUGAGUCCCACGUGACGUUCACUGGGUCUGUGUCUGUAGAAUCGGAACAGGCCGGAUCCUGCAGCAUGUGGUCCUCAUUCAGCAGCGAGGAUGUCGACCACGACUCAGAAACACAGAGACUUUGUCGGCGAGCCGAUGGGAGAUAAAUCGGUGACGGCUCUGUCGGGCAUCGGGGAGAUUCUGGGGGAGAAGCUGGCGCAGCAGGGCUUCGACAAGGCCUACGUGGUGCUGGGUCAGUUCCUGCUGCUGAAGAAAGACUCUGAGAUGUUCACCGAGUGGCUGAAAGACGCCAGCGGAGCGAACUCCCGUCAGGCCGGCGUCUGCACUCAGUGUCUGAGGGAGUGGUGUGAUGCCUUCCUCUGAGACCCCGCCUCCUCACACGAGACUCCUCCCCUUCCUGUUCUUUGCUCACUUCGGGCUCCUGAAGCCAAUCAUCAGUGUUGGGUUCACGGUUCAUGUCUUCAGGUGACUCUUGAGCCGGCUGUUUGUUCGCGUGAAUAAAAGCUUUGAUUCUGAACAGCGGUGGUGCAUUCAGGUUCUCUGAAGAAGUCUGUGAAACAUUAAAUCAUGUCGUCUUUUA